AUGUCUCUUACAGGAACGAAAGCACCCCAAGAUGAUGGCCCAAAGCUACAACAGCUGGCUGAGCAGCUCUCAGAAGCUGCAAAAGGGUACACUCCAGGUCCCGGUGCAGCGGGGUACGAGUCGCGGGCGAAUGUCACUCAUAUCGCCAAAGAAAUCGUGCGCCUCAUGAUGGCACCAAAUCAUAUGGCCAUGCAGCACGCCACCAACGGUCUUGAAAUCGUGGCCGUGAGAACAAUGCUAGGACUUGGCGUGCUCAAGGCUAUCCCGCUCGAGGGAUCGAUAUCGCUGGCCGACCUGUCCAAAGCGACCAACGUCCAGGACUCGCUCCUAGAACGUAUGCUCAGAUUGCUUGUCGGCACAGGCUUCAUUGAUCAGACGCCCGACUACGACUAUGUCCAUACCAAGUUCUCCCGCGCAUACAUCCCAAGUCCCGGCCCAGGCAAUUUCUUCCAAUUCAUAAACGACGAAUGCUUGUCGACAAUGCUCCAUUUCCAUCAAUACAUCAAAGACCGAGGCGAAACACCCGUCCACGAACCCGAUGAUCCUCUCCGCAACCCAUACACCCACCGGCACAACCAAGACGGCCUCCCCGUCUGGGCAGUCAUGGCACAAUUCCCCGAGCGCUUCAAGACCUUCCAACUCGGAUUGAUGGCGCAAGAAGACUCGGCGCCCAUAACCGGGUUCUACGACUUUUCUGCUCUUUACAACCCCGACACCGACGGCGACAGGACAACACUAAUCGACCUCGGCGGUGGCCAGGGCCAAUCCAUCAUCGAGAUCCUAAGUAACUUCCCCAGUCUCCGCGCGGACAAAUUCAUCCUGCAGGAUCUGCCCGAACCAAUCGCGCACGUCAAGGAAACCAAAUCCCUCCCCGAAGGUGUGACGGCGAUGGUGCACGACUUCUGGACCCCGCAACCAAUCAAGGGUGCUAAAGCGUAUUUCUUCCGCCGCAUCAUGCACGACUACAGCGACGAAAAUUGCACCAAGAUCCUGGCGCGUGUCCGUGAUGCUAUGGAGCCAGACAGUAAAGUGCUGAUUGCGGAUAUGGUCAUGCCCAAACGCGUGGGCGAGGCUGAUUUGCCGGCAGCUGCGAUGGACAAUUGUGUGAUGGUCAUGGGCGGGAAAGAAAGGACAGAAGACGGCUUCCGUAAGAUCUUGGAGGACGCGGGACUCAAGCUACACAAGGUGUGGCGGAGCAGGGAGGGCGGCGCGGCAGGAAACAUUGUGGAAGCGAGGUUGAAGGACUGA